AUGACUCCUCGGCUCCCUGCCGACCUUCAGCUUCAACGGGCCCUCCACCUCCAGUGCCUCAAUCUUCUAUGCCAGGACAAACGCUUCGCGGGCCCGAGCGUCUGCAGGUUCGAUUCUGGUCUUACCGGACUCGGAAGGGCGGAAGUGUAUCACAACAAGGUCGACCCCCGCUUCGCUCGGUGCCAAACGCGUGGUCAACCUUCGAUUUUCCUCAAGGCUGCCUCGACUACUAAGCCCAACUUAUCUGCCCACUGGUUCGUGCCAAAAUUGGACUCAGGAGUCCACUCCCCACCCACUUUCUGGGGUCACCCGUCUGCCCCCCUCCACUUUUUGACCCAAUCCCUGCCAAUCCCCUACACCUACAAGCUCGGUAGUAGGGGCAUCGACGUCUCCCUGGAUGAGGUCAGGUUCAAUCAGCUGAGUAUGUCGAGUCCCGACGCUCCGAGUGGCUUGCCACAAGGCCCCUUGCCAAUCUUUAUUGAACCCCCAACGUACUUCACAUCACCGCCGCUCCAACAAGUUGAAGCCUGA